AUGGUUGAUAAUUUAAGACAAACUAAUCUUCUUCUCUGUGGUUCAGCACGUGUAGGAAAAAGUACGCUAGUCAAUGCGAUUUGUCAACGAAAAUUAACGAAAACAAGUGCGAGUUUGAAUUCCAUAACCAAAAGUGUCGAACGAUAUUCCUACGAAUGCACACAUGGAAAAACAGUACAUGAAACAAUCAUCUGGGACUCGCCGGGGAUCGAAUCUUGGAACGAAGACGAUGUCCGAUCGUACAUGGCAACAUUAAUCGAACAAACUCAACCAUUGUGUAUGAUCUACUGUGCAUCGCCAGGAUCAUUCGCGAUUUUGGAACAUGUCGCAUGGUUAUUGUCGGAAUGUUAUAAGAAGAAUAUCUUUUGUGCGCUUGUUUGUACAAAUAUGUGGGCAGGGAAAAAUCGACAAGUUGUCGUCGAUGAAUUUCGACGAUUAGUACAGAGUGUUCAUCCGAAUAUCAAACCAACUGAAGAAGAUGGUGUGAUUUAUUAUAGAAAUGUUGCUUUGAUAACAAUGGUCAAUAGUCAAGAAUACGUGGACGAAGAUUUUGGUGUGAGAAAAGAUCCGUCCGGAGUGAAUGAAUUGAUUUUUGGAAUUGCCAAAUGUUUAAAACGAGAUUUCAUGUUUGCAUGGUUUCGAUCAGUCUCGCAAAAUACAACAUUUUGGAAGAAAAUGUCAUCGAAAUUAAGUGGAUUACUUCACGUUCCAGUUGAUACGUUCAAUUCGUUCUAUGAAGGUGCUUCAACGUUUCUCGAAUGUUUGUUGGAUGUUUCCAAUUUCGAGUCAGAAUAUGCAAUUUCGAAUGAUAUGAAUAAUUCACAACAAAGUAUCUUUAAUGAUGUCGAAAUUAUUGAAAUGCCGAAAAAUCAAUUAAAAUUUACACUUCACUCCGAGCAUCUGCAGGCGAUACAUCAACUUGCCCAAACUUUAGCAAAUCUCGGUGCAAUCAGUUCGAAGACUAACGCAGAAUCUACGUCAGUAUUCACAUUAACAGUUGAAUUUGACAAUAAACAACAACAUGACGCAAUUUAUAAUCUAUGUAAAUUAAUGUCUUCGGAGCAGAUCAUAUGUUCGAUUGAAAACGAUAUUUGUUGUGAUUUUGAUUCUGUUCAAAUAAAAAAAUAA